GCAGAGGGGCAGAGUGGGUAACAGUGUAGUUGGUACUCGGAUGGAGUCAGGCCGAUAUGUGCUGCUGAGGUUGGAUUACCACACUGAGCUCUGGUGAGACAACUGGAGGUGUUUGUGUUUAUGAAAGGCGUAGAGAAAUACGAGCGCUAAUCUCUGCGUCAGUGCGUUUUAUUGACUGUUACCUGAGCCGGAAGACUCGACACAGGACAGCACUGUUGUAUCAACAUCUGCCACCAUGUCUGUGAGUGGGACUGAAGCAGAGAAAGAUCAUUCAAAAGCUUUGGAAUUGGAGCUGACUUGCCCCAUCUGCUUGGACCUCUUCUCUGAACCGGUUUCUCUUCCCUGUGGUCACAUCUACUGCUUUCCCUGCCUUCAGACCAUGGGAAAAGGCAUUGACCAACACAGGUGCCCAGAGUGCCAGACAGAAUAUUGUGGAACCAAGGCUCUUGUGAAAAACUUCAAAUUAUGCAACAUCAUAGCGACCUACAAAGCCACUGCAGGGACAGUCAACUCCACUGCAAACCCUUCUGAUGUCGGCCAUUUAACAGUGAAGACUGCUGACAUGACUGUAACAGAAGAAGCAAAUACAAAAUACCACCAGGACAUAGCAACAGCUAGGGGGAGCCAGGAUGAGAGCUCAGGGUGUGGGGGAAAGGGUGGCUUUCAGAUUGGGCCUGGAUCCACAGAACAACAAUUUGCUUUGGAUCAAGAACAAGAUAAAGGCAAGAUGGUAAUGGAUGACCCUAAAUUCAAACUGGCAUCUCAAGUCACAGAGCUGAGCCUCAAGUUGGAGAUGGCAGAGAGUGUGCUAAGGAAAGAGAAGAAACAGGAGUUAGAAAUGACCACUGCUAAUGAUCAGCUGAGAGCUAAAGCAUCCAAUCUUUUAAGGCAGAUAAAAGAUUUGUCACAGAGCUAUAGUGCACAGGUGAUGCAGCUAAUUGAAGAAGAGUUAGGUCCAGGUGAGACCAGUAUGGGCGGUCGAGUCACUCAAGCCUCUGAUCUGUCCAAGCAGCUGAGACAAGCUUUGCUCAGAGCAGAAUCCCUUCUGACUGAAGAGGAUGAGACCGAAUUCAGUAAUGAGCUUCUGAUUCUACAACCAACCAUUGUGGAGUUAUUGGCCAAGUCUGCGGGAGAAAAGGAUGACCACAUUGAAUUAAAAGUCAAUCCUUUGCGGGCCUGUCUCAAACUGGAAAACAUGAAUACUGAGCUGAGGGAAAGAUUUGGAGAGAUUCAGCGUUCCCUUCGAAACACCCUCAACCCUUCAGAGGUGACUUUUGACCCGGAGACAGCACACCCCAACCUCGUUCUCUCAGAGGACUUGAAGACAGUGAGUUUCAGCACUACCAAACAGCCCUACCCAUCUUCUCCUCAGAGGUUCACCAGCUUCUUCCAGGUUCUCAGCACCCAGAGCUUCUCUGAAGGUGAGCAUUGCUGGGAGGUGGAGCUUGAAGGCUCUCCGUGGAUCAUUGGCGUGUGCUACAGUGGAAAACUACCACGCAGCGGUUUGGGGUCUGCUCUGGAAAGCAGUCGGAGCUCCUGGUGUCUGAUGUGGUUUAACAACCUACUGACAGCCUUUGAGCAGAGCUACAAUGUCCCCCUGAAGAGGACCACGGUGUCGCGCAGGCUAGAGAUCAGACUGAGUUUCAAGACUGGCAGGCUGAGCUUCUACAAUGUCAGUCCCAUCAGCGGGAAGAUUCAUGUGUACACAUUCAAGGCUAACCUGACUGAACCAGUGCACCUGGCUUAUAGGAUGAUGUCAGGGCACCCUAAAGCACGAGUUACUAUUCACUCAUAAUCACAUUUCUAUUAACUACAUAUUCUUCUGUGUUGCAUAGAAAGAGCAAAGUAAUAAUACUUAAGCACUUUUAGUUAUGUUUUAGCUCUUAUUGCUUUAGUCUAAUUCUAGUGUACUGAAAUUUGUUAUUAUUCAUUCUGUAAGUCGCUUUGGAUAAAAGCGUCUGCUAAAUAAAGUGUAAUGUAAUAUAAUAUUUUGAAAAGCUAAUCUGAAGCUUGAGAUUUGUACCACUUAAGAAUUCAAAGUCUUUUAUUGUGUUAUGAUAGAAGAUACGGACCUUUUGGAUAUUUGGUGUGAUAAUACUGAUAUACAGUGCUCAGAAAUGAUGGGUUAAUAAAUGCCAUUAUCUUGU